UUUCCAACAAUGAAACAAUUGCUUCACUGCUCUUCUCACUGAAAAAUCAUUGUAAAGCGUUCGUUUUCAUGUUCAAAAAGUGGAAAAUGAAAAUGGGUUAUCGUAGAAUUGCUUCAGUUUUGUUCCUACUGGUUGUAGUAAGCCCGGGAAUUUGAUUUUCCUUUUUGGGUUUAUGAGAUAAAGAUUUGGGAUACAUAAAAAAAAUGAAAUCAGUUGGGAUAAAUUUGGUGAUGACGAUAAUAGGAUUCACAAUGAGUAUUAUGUUCAUCGUCUUUGUUUGUACUCGUUUGAUUUGUGCUCGGAUUCAGCUCAUUGCUUCUCGGAGAUCCUUCCCUGUUGCUUCAAGAUCUGGUCCUAGUACACUCGAACGGGGUUUACAUGGUCUAGAGUCUGUUGUCGUUGCCAACUUUCCCACCAAGAAAUACAGUGAUGUGUGCUUCUCGGCCUCGGAAGAUGCUCAGUGUAUAGUUUGCCUUUCCGAAUACCAUGCCGACAAUAUCUUGCGUAUCCUGCCCUAUUGUGGCCACUUCUUCCAUGUAACAUGCAUAGAUACAUGGCUUCAACAGCAUUCCACAUGUCCCGUUUGCCGGCUAUCGCUGCGUGAAUCUUCUAAGAAGAAGCGUUUGAUGCAACCAUUGUUCAGUUCAGCCGUUCGAUCUCAUUUCGGCACGCGACGUCAUGGCCUCCCAUCGAGAAAUGAUAGCCGUGGGAUGGACUCUGGGGGAGAUGGAUUGGAACCCGGGCAGAACACAUCCCUAACAACUGAAGAUGAUGAGGCCAGCAUUAAAGACUCGAGAAGCAAGCAUGUAGAAACCCCUUCAAUCCCUUGAAUUAUCUUGGUCGAGUUUAAUGCAUGCAGAUCCUAUAUUUGCUCGGACUCUUCAUUUUUCUUGAAGCACCCGUGUCUCUCGCUCGUGUACGAAACAUAGAUACGAAUAUAUGACCUCCAAAGAUCCUCCAAGUACAUGAAAAAUUAUAAAAAAAUGUAAUCAUGUUCGUGUCAUAUAAAUAUCCGUAUCUGACAGUCAAACCCGAGUUCGAGUAACUUGUGCGGAUCUCCUGCUUGAGAAGUGUACUGUUUUCUGUUUUUGUGGCUUACUGUAAAUAUAUUAUGGGCACCACU